AUGAUUGUCCAGGCUAUCGAAAUCUACCGUACCAGCAUGUAUGACACUCUCGUUCUCUAUCUCGCUGUUUUUCCCGAGAAUGAAAUUGUCAAGAAAAAUCCAAACACCGACCCGCGAUGGGAAUCAUGGCCAGUGUUGCCUCCGAAUUCUAUUCUUUCUCAAUGGGUUAUUUCAAAUGUCAGAAAGAUGUUAGAUCUCAUCACGAAAGCAGAUGUAAAAUCAGCUGUUGAUCUCUCUGCUGUAUGGACCAAGUUAAUGGCCAUGGCAUCGUCGUUCGGAAGGAUGGGGAUCGAUUUCCGUCCACUGAUCGCUGGAAGACUCACAAAGCUAGUGGAGCAGAGAUUCCGUCAGAAUGUACAAGACUCAACGAAUCGUUUAACAGGGUCUUCCCGAGAUAUUGUUAUGAUUGGCAUAGAUCCUUCUUCCUUGCCUCAAUUUGAGUCUUCUCCUGAUUCCCCACCAGUAGCAGCUGCUGAACUUAGUCUAUGGGAUGAUAUGACGAUUUACGCAAAUGGUAUUGUCGAUGCGCUCAACGGAUUACGAUUCAUCUUGACACCCGUGGUUCUAUCAACUGUAGUUGUUGCUCUGCGAGAUUCAAUCCGAUCCAUUCUGACGUGGCUUGCAACAUCUCACUCCAAUUCUGCCAAUUUUUCACGAGCCGUGCGUAUAGUUUGUACAAGCGUUGCUCCAUUCUUCGAGAAAUGCAUCGCUUUCUUCUUCCCGCCAGCCACGGUCAGCAAAAUAUUCGGUUCUUCAAUAUCAAAGCAGCAAUACCUUCAAUUUAUCGAACUUGACAUGAAACAAUUGGCUGCAUCAUGUGAUGGAGCGGACAAAAUCGAAGAUAUUGUCAAGCCACUUUUACAGAAGAGAACGUUGGAAGAAAUAGGAUUGGAUACUGUAUUGCAACCAAAACUAGAGCAAGAAAGUGGCCCGGCCAAAUUUUUCUUGGAGACAACUCCUGAAGAAGACGCACCAGUCCCAAAAGCGGAAGAAAAUGAAAAAGAGGAUGAGAGAAGUGUGAAGGAAAACAAUCCUACUAUUAUGAGCGAGUCUGUAACAAAAAAUCAGGGAAACCCUGAAGAUUUGGAGAAGCAUGAAGAAGAUCAUGACGAGAAGCCCAUCUUCGUCAUCAAAGAUGAACAGUCUGCACCAGUCGCAAAGAUUGCAGCAGAGCCUCAAUUAGAGUCGAUUCCGGAGCAUGCUGAUUGCAUGGCAUCAGAAAGCCAGCACCCAAUUGAAAACGAUUUAAAAAUUGACCAUGAUAUCCAAACAGCAACAGUCCACAUUGAUAGAAUGGAGAAGGAAGAAGGUAAUUUAGAGGAAGGAGAAGACUGGGGAUGGGGAGAUGAAGAUGCGGAAGAAGCACCAAUAGAUGAAGUUAAAGAAGAAAUCGAGAAGCUGAAAUCGAAAAAGAAAAGCGGAAAAGAUGAAUAA